UCUCUUCAACCAGACGACCUCUCUCUCUCCAUAUCCUUUCUUCUCUCGCCCUCGAUUUCACACACACACACACAAUCGCAGCCAUGGGUUUCACCGAUCUCCUCUCCGAUGCCGGCCUCACCCUCCUGAACAACUGGGUUUCCACCCGCUCCUACAUCACUGGCUACAACGCCAGCCAGGCCGACGUUGCCGUCUUCAAGGCCCUCAAGGAGGCUCCCAGCGCCGACAAGUACCCCGCUGCCGCCCGUUGGUACAAGCACAUCGCCACGUACGAGGAUGAGUUCGCCACCCUCGAGGGCGACGCCAGCAAGCCUUACACCGUCUACGGCCCUGAGGAGUCCGAGCUCACCGUGAACCCCGCCAAGGCCCCCGCGGCCUCCGCCGACGAUGAUGAUGUCGACCUGUUCGGCUCCGACGACGAGGAGGAGGAUGCCGAGGCUGCCCGUAUCCGUGAGGAGCGUCUGGCUGCCUACCGCGAGAAGAAGGCUGCCAAGCCCAAGGUUGCCGCCAAGUCUGUUGUCACCCUGGACGUGAAGCCUUGGGAUGACGAGACCGACCUGGUUGCCAUGGAGGCUGCCGUCCGUGCCAUUGAGAAGGAUGGUCUGCUGUGGGGUGCUUCCAAGCUGGUCCCCGUCGGCUUCGGUAUCAAGAAGCUGCAGAUCAACCUGGUUGUUGAGGAUGAGAAGGUUUCCCUGGACGAGCUCCAGGAGCAGAUCCAGGAGAUUGAGGACUACGUCCAGUCCUCCGACAUUGUCGCCAUGCAGAAGCUGUAA